AUGGGUCAGGUAGAGGAGCUCCCGGACGACUUCGACGAGUCCCUUAGACUCAACGACAAGCACUUCAAGGAGGACCCUCCGCGGGAAUUCCACGCCAAUGUGGACGUACCUCCCCCGCCUCCCGGCGCCGCCGGCGAGGAUGAGGCGCCCUUCCCUAUCAACGAGGAGCGUCUGAAGGAGAUCGAAAAGGACCCGUUGGCGCCAAAGAUGUCGGCGACGAUGGCGUCCGUCAAGUCGAACACCAUGGAAGACAUCCAGAGCUACAUGAACAAGACGCCCUUGUUCAUGACGGAUAUCGAUAAGGCGGGCGACGAGCAUGGUGAAAACCCUAUGCUUGAUGCUAUCCAAGCGAUCCAAAACGAGGGUACCCGCGGCGAGGUCGCCCAGAACUACCGGGAACAAGGCAACGAAGCCGCGCGGGAAAAGCGUUGGGUCGAUGCUAAGGAGUUCUACACCAAGGCUAUCGCUAUUCUGCAAGCCAAGGUUGACAAGUGGGACCAGCCGGAAGACCUCGCCGCGGAGGAGAAGCUGAAGCGCGAGGUUGAAGAGGCAUCUUAUAUCAAUCGUGCUCUGGCCAAUCUGGAGUUGAAAAAUUUCCGCUCUACGACCAUAGACUGUGCCUCGGUGUUGAAGCUCAAUCCCGCCAAUGUCAAAGCCUUCUACCGCUCCUCCGCGGCCUUGUACGCGUUGGACAAGAUCUCCGAAGCGGAAGACGCCGCGACCCGGGGUCUUGCCAUCGACCCCAACAACAAGUCACUGCAGCAGGUUCUGUCGAAAGCCAUUGAACGCAAGGCCUCUUUGGAGCGCAUCGCGGCCAAGAAACGGGCCGACGAUGAGCGCACACGGAAGCAAAGGCUGCUUUUGAGCACCGCGCUGCGGGCGCGGCAGAUCCGCACCCGCAAGACGGACCAGCCCGCCGAGAUGGAAGACGCGGGCAUCCGGCUGUCUCCGGACCCGCUCUCCCCCGAGAGCACCCUGGAGUUCCCGGCUGUCUUCCUGUACCACAUGGAUGCGCAGUCCGACUUCAUCAAGUCGUUCUCCGAGAUGAACUGCAUCGAGGAUCAUCUGGAGUACAUCUUCCCCUUGCCGUGGGAUACCAAGAAGGAGUACACGAUGAACGGCGUGGAAUGCUUCAUGGACACUGUCACCGGUGGGUUGAUCAAGGCAGGCAAGAAGCUCCCGCUCCUGGAGAUCCUCAGCGGCGGGAAGGUCGAGGUGGUCGACGAACUGGUUCGGAUCUACGUGAUUCCGUCUGCAAAGACUGGACAGUUCAUCUCCGAAAUGAAGGCUCGUAAGAACGGCUGA